AGCGCAUAGUCCAAGCGCGUCGCUCUCGCACGGUGCACGCGGCGAUCUGAUACGCGCACGUAUAAAAGGGCACGCACCCUCGGGCCAGUUCACUAAUUUUCUCCACCGUUUACGGACCACAUCACCAAAAUGUCGCUCGAAAUCGACCACCUGAGACACAGCGAGGACGAAAAUGACACCGAAGGAGUCGUCCUGGCCAAAGGAGUUUCCAUGGCGGUGCUGUUCUGUGCCUCCAUGAUCUGUGGUAUAGCACCGCUGCUGAUCUCCAAGCGGUUUAACCUGGUGUCUGCGGAGGAAGCCAGCAAUCUGAAGUCCACCAACAGGAUCGUGAUGACGCUUCUCUCCUUCGGAGGAGGCGUGCUGCUGUCCACAACGUUCAUGCACUUGAUGCCUGAAAUCCAGGAGAACAUCGAAUAUUUACAAAGUCUCGGCCGCAUGCAAGAGUUUGACUUCUCACUCACGCCCUUGCUGACAUGCUGCGGUUUCUUCAUCAUGUACUUGGUGGAGGAAUUAGUUCACAUGUACAUCCACCAUCGGGAAAGGAAAAACGGUCAAGUGGCGCCACUGGUGCGCAAUUUGAGCGUGCGGCGCAGUCGCGCGGGCACCGACAGCAAUGGCGACCAAAGUAUCACCAACUCAACAGCUGACCUCGUGGAUUCAGACUCACUUAAAAAAAAGGACCCUGAAACAACUCAUCAUCAUGGCCACUCCCACAACCACAGCCACAUGCCUCCCCCGGUGGGUGAUGACGUAACUUCUGCCCUGCGCGGACUGCUUAUCGUCCUGGCUCUUUCUAUCCACGAGUUAUUCGAAGGUCUCGCAGUUGGUCUUGAAUCGAGCACUUCCCACGUUUGGUACAUGUUGGGCGCUGUUUCAGCACACAAACUUGUCAUAGCAUUUUGCAUUGGAGUAGAACUUAUCGCCACCCGAACCAAGACUGUGUUGGCGAUUGUGUACAUCACAACUUUUGCCAUUGUCUCUCCUUUGGGUAUCGGCAUUGGUUUGCUCUUGGUGGGAGGUGAGGGCGCCACUGCUGCGGGCGUGUACUCCGUGGUUCUGCAAGGUCUGGCAUCGGGAACACUGCUCUACGUCAUCUUCUUUGAAAUCUGGAAGGGCGACAGAACUGGCAUUUUCCAAUACAUCGCAUCGGUCGUCGGAUUCUUCAUCAUGUUCGGAUUGCAGCUUCUAACUGGACACUCGCACAGCCAUGGCGGACACGAUCACUCCCACAACCGAAGAUAAGAAGUUUUCGCCAUCAUGAAAGUUACUAGAACAAUACUUACUAAGUAGGUACUUGUCUUACUUAACGUUUAACAAUGUGAUAUAAUUUAAGGCUAAGUUUCUUUCUUGUUCUCCAAUGUUGAAGUCCUUCAAUUAAUUUCGGAAGAGGCAGAUGGAUUUAUCAGAAGAUAGUGUAAUAAUGAUAUUGAGUACCUAUUUAAGAUGAGGGUUCAAAAAUUAAUGAGUUUAAAUUGACUAAACUCAACUUUGAAGUCUUUCCAUCAAAUAAAUCAAUGUAACCAUAGGUAUAUUACGAUUGAUUUGUCAGCUCGUUAAUAGCCAGAUAAGCACAGACGAAAGCACAUCAAGCUUAACACUGUAUUUUAAGUCGUUGUAAUAGAUACGAUUUUCAAUAAAAUGUAGUUUGGUGUGCUGAUUAGUGUACUACUUACGGUCAAUCGGUCAAUUUAUCUUACUUUAUUAAUUUGAAUUUGAAAUAGAAUAUAAGAACUCUACACUUGACGCACAUAAUUAAAUGUAAGUAGGAUUAGUUAUUUAUUAAAAUUGAAGGACUUCGAAACUUACCUUUUAUGUAAAACUAAAAAUAUGCAGGUAUAGUAAAUAAUUAUGCCUAAUGUAAAUGUAUAAACGUCUAACAGUUAUAAAAAGCUUGUUUAGCAAAAACUAGAAACAUCACAUCCAAUAAGUUUUAAUAAGUUAAUUUAUAAACAAGGUGAACAUAAUAAUUAGUUUAUUAUUGAUAUUCAAAAGUAUGUUCAAUCUAGUCAACGCCGUAUGAGUAGCAGAACCUAAUCAAAAUUUAAACAAUUUCAUAUAAAUUAGUAACACUUUAUUCUUCUUUCUUGUAACAAAAAACUUUGUUUCUUACGAUAACAUAGAACAUAGUUUCAACUUUCAUAAACUUUUGGACUGUUACUGUCUGUGAUACAGAAGAUGAUGUGGUUAACAUACUUAGGCCAUUAUUAUAAAUACUAAUAGAUAAGUACAAAGAGUUGCAGAUGUAAUGUAAAUAAAUAGUUACUUACUCGGAAGUAAAACGGAUAAUUUUGAAGUACAGUGUUACUCAUAUUCUGCCAAGAUUUUGACACAAUUAAAAGUUAUGUAAGAUUAAGUUAUUAAAUUAGGUAACGAAAUAAAUCUUGGCGUGUGUUUAACAAAGCAGAAGUGUAAAUUACUUAUAUUAUUUUAUACGUUGUUUGUAAAUAAUAAACCAUUGAUUAUAA